CGUGUUUACAUUUACAAGUUUGUUUUUAGGAUUUGAAUAAAAAUGUGCAUAAAAGACAUGUUUAAAAAUUGAACAUAAGUACUCUGUCUAUCUUCGACUUUUCUUGGACAUGGGUGAUAGAAUAUUAAUAAUAUGCCUGGUAUGCCUUUAUGGCAUCAGGUCUAGUUCGGCCCUACGAGAAUACACCAAAGAAGAUAUUCUGAAAUUGAGAGAAGAGACAAGGGAGAUGUUUCAACAUGCGUAUGACAGUUACUUGAGAUAUGCUUAUCCUUAUGAUGAGCUGCGUCCCUUGUCAUGCGAUGGUGUGGACACAUGGGGCAGCUACUCCCUGACGCUUAUAGAUGCCCUGGAUACCCUUGCAAUCAUGGGCAACUACACAGAGUUCAACAGAGUGGUGGAGAUACUGCUUCAGAAACAGAACUUUGACACUGACAUUAAUGUGUCGGUCUUUGAAACCAAUAUUAGGAUUAUCGGUGGACUGCUUAGUGCUCAUUUAUUGUCCUACAAAACAGGAAUGAAACUUGAGCCUGGGUGGCCUUGCAAUGGGCCUCUGCUGCGUCUAGCAGAGGAUGUAGCUCAGAGGCUGAUUGUGGCCUUUGACACUACUACUGGCAUGCCAUAUGGUACCGUGAACCUGAAGAAAGGAGUCCCACCAGGAGAAACCACUGUCACAUGCACUGCCGGAGUUGGAACUUUCAUUGUGGAGUUUGGGACAUUAAGCAGGCUCACAGGAGAUCCAUUGUAUGAAGAGUUGGCCUACAACGCCCUGAAGGCUUUGUACCACCACCGGUCGCCGAUCGGGCUCGUCGGCAACCACGUGGACGUGAUGAGCGGCCGCUGGACGGCGCAGGACGCGGGCAUCGGCGGCGGCGUAGACUCCUACUUCGAGUACUUGGUCAAAGGAGCCAUCCUCCUGGAGCGUCCGGAGUUGAUGUCCAUGUUCAAGGAGGCGCGGCAGGUGAUCGACCGCUACUUGAAGAAGGACGACUGGUACGUGUGGGCGACGAUGCUGCGCGGGCACGUGACGCUGCCCGUGUUCCAGAGCCUCGAGUCGUACUGGCCCGGCCUGCUCGGUCUGCUCGGCGACAGUGACACGGCGAUGCGUAUAAUCCACAACUACCACAGCGUGUGGCGCCAGUACGGCUUCACGCCGGAAGUGUACAACCUCGGCACCGGCUCGGCGUCGUCCAGCCGCGAGAGCUACCCGCUGCGGCCCGAGCUCAUCGAGUCCAUCAUGUACCUGUACCGGGAGACACGUGACCCGAUCCUGCUGCAGAUGGGCGAGGACAUCAUCCGCAGCAUACAGCAUAGUGCCCGCACCCCGUGCGGGUACGCUACGAUAAAAGACGUCCGCGACCACCGCAAAGAGGACCGCAUGGAGUCCUUCUUCCUCGCGGAGACCACCAAGUACCUGUACCUGUUGUUCGACCCGGACAACUUCAUCCACAACCCGGGCAAGCACGGCACCGUGAUCAGCACGCCGAGCGGCGAGUGCAUCGUCGACGUCGGCGGCUACGUGUUCAACACCGAGGCGCACCCCAUCGACCCCACCAUGCUGUACUGCUGCCAGGAAGCCAGGCAAGGAAUUAACAUCAGUGAAGUUCAUAGGAUAUAUCAAAUGCUGGAAGAUGAAGACAACAUUCAUUUUAUGACCAUGAUUGAUGCUACCACAAACAACGUUGCUCUAACUUACGCAGACGACAGCAAAAACACUGAAGUUGACUCCUCUACCGACCCGAGCAAAGAAUCAAAAUAUAGUAAAAUGGACCAAGAACACGUUUUAAUCAAAACUGAAACGAGAACUGGUUAUGUCAAUAUGGACGGCACAGAAAGGGAGAAAGUACAAAACGAAUCAAAUUUACGUGACGUUGUCAAAGAACGCAUAGUAAAUUUCCACAACAAUAAUACCAUCUCUCAAGAGUCCGAGGAGACUGAUGAGCAAACUACUGAAGUUAAUGUUUCUCCGAAAAUAGAGCCAGCGGGAGAAGUUGACGUGGAUGAUAUAAUAGUACCCGGGCAACCGCAGGAAGCAGAAAAUUUACAACCUCCUAGCAGCACUAAGGCUAAAGAAGCAUUUAAGAUGUUACCAACCGUGAUUCAAGAUUUUCUUAAUAGCGAUUGGAAAUCUAAACCGAAAUGUGAACCGCAGCACAUUUUAGAGAGAAUCCGUAGAGAGAACAAGUAUCCGGACCAUCCGGACAUAGACAAAUAUGAGCUGCUGUUGACUCCGGCUCAGUCCUUCUUGCAGAGGAUAUCUUUAGCAGGAGAAUUUUUAAACAAAAAGCAGUUGGAAUUGUGAUGUAUGUAAG